AUGUGGAAGGCGAGUAAGUCUCCUACAGCUCACCGCCAACCUCGGCGGCAGCUCACCGAGCCGGGCGGGGGCGACGUGGUGUACGCCAAGUUUCUCAACUGGGCGUCCUACAAGAGCUUAGAGGAGCGACAAAGCGACGACUUCACUGACCCUGGCCGCACGCUCUUCCUCUCGACGCCGUGUAAGUGCCUGGUUCAACCCGCAGACGCACGUGGGAGUGGCAGGGUGCACGUGACGGAAUCAUGGAUCUUUGCAUCUGAAGACAUGGCGCAUGACUGCGAUUUCCACCUGCACGGCUUGGCCAGGAUGGCGGACUACUACCUGCGUGGAGAUGGAAGCGAAGCAACAGCUGCCGCCCGGAAAGAAGGCCGGACGCCCCGGAUUCAUAUGUUCACGGAUGGACGCGGGAAGCAGUACAAGGGAAGGCGGAAUUUCCGGCCGACAGCGUGCGGCAAAUCGGCUUCUUCAUCGAUCAUCACGNUCGCGGCCACAUCUCACUUCAAAGGUUGCCAUGAUGGGAUCGGCGGAGUCGCAAAGAACGCCAUGAAGAGGAGGGAGAGAUUUGGCAAGCGAAUCAUGGGGGCGGACGGGGUGGUCAGCUUUUUGCGAAGCUUCUUUCGGGAGAAGGCAGGCAGCGAGGGGGAGGAGGGUAUGCGGAAGUAUUUUGCAAAGUGGUCUCCGUACCGCAUGCGGAGGGUGCACGUCGAGUUUAUCGGCAAGAAGGAGAUGUAUCGGCCAAAUUCGGUCCUGGCAGGCACAGAGGGUACACGAGACAUGUACCACUUCGCGGGAGCAAAUACUCCCAAGUGGGAUGGGUCCACCACAACCGAGGGGCGCGUAGAUGACUGAAAGCUGGUACGAAAGAGCGAAGGGCGGGGUAGCUUGUCGAGUCAAGAGAAGAGAAGGUUGCGGGAAGUCAAGGUGUUGGGUGCAGUAGCGAGCAGAUGGACGGGUAAGGGGGCUAAGUUGCAGGAUCCGGUGUCGCGGGAGGAAGACGUGACUUGCAGAAAGGUGAAACGGACGUACAGGCUCAGGACUCGGCUGGCGUCGUGCUUCUGCUCGGCGUGCCAGCGUUGCGAGUAUGAGCAGUGCUACGUCAGCAAGACGUACCCACGUCUCGUUCCCGCAUUGCAAGAGGGCGAAGUGAAGGAAACGGUGAUCAUGGACACUGGAGUAGCGCCCGUAGACGAAGAUGACUCCCGGGGGAUCCAGUUCGGGAGUAGGAAGAAGGAAUGCAAUAUGAAGAGAAUUACUGGGACACAAUGGCAAGACUGCGAAUCUGCUGCUGCGUCAAAGAUUUGAGAAGGGCUUGGUAGGAAGGUCGGCACACAACUGGUU